GGCCUCAAAAGCUGGUCGCUCUUUUUUGAGUGGAGACUUAUUGGAUGGAAUGGCGGGGUGCGAAGACUGCGAAGACUCCCCGUCAGCCUUGCUUCAGAAGCUCGACUCCGACGUCGUCGACGAUACACGGACUAAUCGGAUAGUUGAAGGAGCCAGCGUAUUAGGUGUAGAACUAAACCAGAGCCUCAAAUAUUCUGGCACUUCUCCUUCAUCUAGUUUAUCCAUCCAUGGCUCCUCUGUGGAGAGCAAUACGUGCUACAUACUAGUGCGAGGCAAGUCAGUAAGGUGGAAGAGAUUUACUUCCACGACUUCCAAGACCCCUCAAGACCAAUUAGUGGUGUUUAGGAGAGGCUGUUGCAUCGAGCUUCGAGUAAUUGCCUCAUUAUGGAGUGGUUUCGGCCAUAAGACGGAAAAAACGUGUGUGAGAGUGAUUUGAAUAUCGACGUCAAAAGAAGCCUCGCUCAAAAUAUGAUGACCACGCCCCAGAUAUCUGUCAAUUCUGAACCCACACACUCCGGCAUCUGCACUAUAGAGGGCGUGCCAUUGGGUUUACCUUCUACCAAUAGGUGAACAUUUUGUGCAAAUCUCAGUCAUAGGAUCGUCUCUGUCAACUUCAAAAGGAGCAUCCCCAGGCAUCGUUGUGCUCCCUUUUCCAUCUGAUCAAGUUGUUUCACUCCAAGACCCCAAUGAAGUGACAGCUAGUGUUCCAGUUGCUGUCACUUAAAAUCUGCACAAAUGUCUGGACACCUUAUUUCGGACAGUCUUCGAGCCAAGACCCUCCGCUUUCAAUCCUAAUGGAAGAAAUACCAGGUGUGUGUGAUUAAGCUCAGCACUGAAGGUAUGCAUCGGCUUCUUCAGGAGGCACGCGGAAUAUACCAGGUUCUCCACUCCAUUGAACCUUCGGCGGCCUUCGGAUCAGGAGAUUAGACCACGGCGGUCUUAACUUAAUCAAGGCCCUCUUGAUGCUAAAGUGAGUGGUGGAGACUGGUCGCCGCAGUAAUACACUGUGGGCGUCGAAAGAUGGACGCUGAGGACUAUAACAACCAUAGCAAUAGCCAUCUUCGGUGUCCCAAGCAUUCAUUUUUGUAUAAUAAUAGUGAUGAAUCCGGCUCGAACGAGCCGAGUGAAGCCCAAGGUAAUGAAGAGUAUGUUCGUCGUGAGGAAAGGAGCCUAGAUCUCAGUGACAGUGAGGACUUUCAAGAUCGUAACGUGGACUUUAAUUGCUCAAGAAACGGACAAUCCCAUCACGUGCAUCAUUCUCUUCGAGAUUCGCCAGGCAAACAUCGUAUGGUGACCAAGACUAAGCCAUGGUCCAUUGACGGGGAAAAGUCCGUCACGGUUUUGGAACACGGUCCCAAUGUGUCGUCUCAAACGGUUCCACUGCCCUUGGGGAGUCAUGUUCUGACCAUGAUGCCCAAUAACCGGAGUUGUGCCAAUGAAUCUUGGGCGGUGUUGGGCAACUCCGCCCCUAGUUCAAUUGAGGCCGGACGCACCUUGUCUUGUCCCGUCUAUGGAAAUACGAGACCCGAAGACCCGUCAAUCAGGCACGCCUCCAUGUCCACGGAGCGUCGAGGCAAGCGAAGUCGAUCGAGCUCCUCGAGGAAUCAGAAGAAGAAGAAGAAGCGCAAGAGGAAGCAACGGAAACGCCCCCGCCCAUUUUGCAUGUCCCAAACGAUCGAGAACUUCCGGACGUUCUGUAACCAGACGAGUCUUCACGGUUGGCAAUACAUCGCGCAGAAACACAGUUCAAGUGCAAAACACGUGUUUUGGGCCAUGAUUGUGAGCCUUUCAAUGGCCACUGCCUCGUUCUUCCUCUACAAUAACACGAUGGACUUUAUGGACGCCACGGUGGUGACCACCGUUGACACCAUGACCGUUCCAUUGACCGAAGUCUUCUUUCCUUCCGUGGUUGUUUGCAACAUCAAUCAAGUCCGGAAGUCGUUCUUCCAAGAAUUGGGGAUCUAUGAUAAUGAAACCUUCAUCCGACAAAUCUAUUACGACUAUAUCGAAGGCAAAUCGUCCAACUCUGAGAACCUCUAUCACAAGAAAAACGAUGGAGAGAAGAUUGCCCUCCACGAGAAGAUCCUCAAGGAGUAUCUCGAAAAAAUGAACGAGACCACAGAAGCUGAGCAAUCCAUCAAUUGGGUCACACACCAAAAGUGCAAGGACAUGUUCAUUCUCAGCAAGUGGAAUUCUACUACAACCUACGGCUUUGAGAUUGAUCGUGACUUUGGGACUGAUUACGGCAUCUGUUGUUGGUACACUCCUCAGCUCAACUUCUCCGAGAUCCUGGAUCACAUGCAAGAGCACAAUUUAAGUGAUCCCCAUUGGGNUCCAAUAACCUGAAGUGGCCAUCACUUUAAGUGAAAGACAAAUAGGCGAGAAGUGGCCGGUCAAUCUGGAAUUCUACUACAACCUACGGCUUUGAGAUUGAUCGUGACUUUGGGCUACAGCUACUACGACGAAGGCUCAGAAGGCCUGAAAGUGGCAUUGGUUCAUCAUUUGGAUAUGCCCAUCAUGAGGCAGACGGGGUUUCAUAUUGCCCCCGGGACGGAAAACCAGAUCGCUGUCACUCCGACACUGAUUCAAACAUCCAAAAACGCCAUGCUACGAUUCACUCCAGCUGAGCGCGAUUGCUAUUCUGAAGAUGAGAUCUCGCUCAAGUACUUGCCCCGAGAUCAUGGAUAUCGUUACGAGAUGAGCAACUGUCUCUUUGAAUCGGCCUUUGAAAACAUCCUGAAGCAAUGCAAAUGUUUCCCGGGAUUUCAUACCAUGGGAGGAGAACACGCCAUGGAGCACUACGACGUCUGCAUUGGUCCCAACUUGACUUGCAUGAACGACCUAAUGAACCGCAUGGGACAAUUUGACCACGUGGAAUACAAGGGCAAGCAAGUGAAAUGUCGCUCGAGCUGCGAGGACCAGAUCAAUUCUCUGUUUGUCACGACAUCCUCGUACCCAAACCGCAAGACCUUGAUUUAUCGCGAGGAGUUCUGCAUCCUUGCCCGAAAUCUCGUCGAGAAAUGUCGAGGACCCAAACGGAAGCCUUUGGAGAGAGAAUAUCCUAACAUUUGUGGUGUGCUUUCGCCCUUGGAGACCAUUGAAUUCUGCAAUAACAAUAAUUGGGACAUCCGGAGACACACCAUUCCUGAUUGCAAUAGCACCUACUGUCCAAUCGAAAGUUCAAUCUUGGAAUAUGCCCGCGAAAACUUGGUCAUGUUCAACAUCUUCAUCAAGGACCCUUACGCGAAGCGAUUCCAGAAGGAUGAAAAAAUCACCAAAACGUCGUACAUCGCCAACUCGGGAGGUCUUUUGGGCCUUUGCAUGGGGUUUUCGCUGAUCUCUGGAGCUGAGAUUCUCUUCCAUUGUUUCUUUGGCGUGUUCUCAGUGCUCAUGCCGUCCAAGAUGAGACGAAGACACAACUACUUGAGAAAAUACUGUCAGACCAACACUUUGGAAGACAUAGAUGAGGAGGGCGAUAACGAUCCCGAAGACGAUGAGGACAACGAUUGCCUCUGCCAUCCCCACGGAGAAGGCGAAGAAGAGCAAGUCUGUUGCUGCCACCAUCAUCAUCAUCACUAUUGUUGUUCAAGCAGCAAUCAACAUGAACUGGUACUCGCGGGUGAACCUAGUUCCCAAGAUGACCACCUGCCCGUCCCGCCCCCACCCCCUCCAGCCUAUCCAAGUCUUGCCUCUCACCAGCUGCCGGUCAUAAGUGACUCUUCAGCUUACGAUUCUCCUGCCUCGAGUGCCAUCAUGAACCACAACUCGAGUCUCGGCAAUCAGGAGAUGCUGCCCCUCAAUCUCAUGAACCAUUUGGGCAAUGGGCGGGAUUUAUCUUUGACGGUUCUGGGGCAUCCCAACCAUCACCAACAAUGUGCUCUGAAUUCCCGCGCCCUUAAGGUGGAGUUGGGCAAUGCGAACCUUCUUAACGGGAACAUGGCCAAGAUGCAGGUUGGGCCGGAGCGAAUCAUAUGAUUCUUGACGACCUCAGUUGACGAGUUAAAAAGAAAGUGCCUCCUUAGAAGUGUUGGAGUUCCGUCAGGGAAAGCGAUUUGGCGCUUGCAAGCAAGACGGGUUUGGCGCCAGAGCCGGCUUCCACGUCAACCCAAGGCAGUUGAUACAAUAGUGUAUUAUAUUCUGG